AGCAUCUGGCAGUUAUUCAUGCUAGGAUGCAAUGUCAUAUGUGUUGCCAACUGUCGUUCCGGUCUCUCAGACAAACGGGGCAAACGGGGCAAAGAAUUCAUCAUGCAAUUGCAAUAGAUGCAAUGCGUUACGAUAAUAAUUGUGAAUAGUGUGGAUUGUGACGAUAUGCUAACGGCUACAAAUGAUUAAGAAUGCAACGUUUCCCUUAUACUGUGAAUUGUGUUUCAUUCAAUAAUCUUUACUGAACAGUAAAUAAUGGUAAAGAUAAAUAUAACCACUAUCAGUUCGGGCAUACCGUCUAAAGGUACUUCGACUUUGUCCUCGAAAAUUUUGAAUUCUUGUACCUUCACAUGAACACACGAUGGAAGUAACACGAUUAAAUUUUGGUGAAAUUAUUCCAGAAUUAGAAAAUGACAUAACAUCAUCACAUUUCCUGGCUAUUGAUGGAGAGUUCACUGGCCUGCACACAGGUCAAGAUUUCAAUGCAUUUGAUACACCACAGCAGUAUUAUGCGAAGCUCCGGUCAGGUGGAAUGGAUUUUUUGUUAGUUCAGUUGGGAUUAUGUACUUUCAGAUACAACAAAGAUACAGGACAAUUCACACAUAAAGCAUACAAUUUUUAUGUGUUUCCUCGACCUUUCUCAAGAUCUGCUCCUGAUCCAAGGUUUUUGUGUCAAAGUUCAAGUUUGGAUUUUCUUGUCUCGCAAGGAUUUGAUUUCAACAAACUUUUCAAAGAGGGUAUUCCAUACUUAACUGAAGCUGAAGAAAAAAAAUUGCGAGAGCAAUUAGAAGAAAAACAAAAAGCUCGUGCUAACAGUUCAUCAUCCAAAAAUGAAGACUCCUCUGCUUCGAUUCCAAUUCCUGAAGAACACACUGAAUUAAUUGAAGAUGUUUGUGUUCGAAUUAAUGACUUCUUAUCAAACGAUGAGCAAGAUGAAUUAAUUUUAGAUGGUUACAAUGGCUUUGUUCGCAAACUUAUUUAUCAGACUGUAGGAGAAAGAUUUGAUAGUCGCAGUAUGCAUGUAGAAACACGUGCCAUUGACAACCAUAAUCGUGCGCUAGUGUUUUGCACUCCUCUCCCAGAGUCGUAUUCAGAGUUUAAAGAACUAGUAACAUUCAUGUUUCCCAGAAUUUUGGAUACUAAGUACAUGUCAUGCAUGGACCCUUUUAAAGAUCAGAUCAGUUCAACAGUACUGGGACAUCUACAUAAAACACUCUCUGGAGAGCCAUUUGAGCUGGUCAAUGUUGCUCCAGCUGUAGAAGGUCGUGGAUAUGCUAGUGCGGAAGAGAAAGCACACGAAGCUGGUUAUGAUGCUUAUUUGACUGGAGUUUGCUUUCUCACUCUUGCUAAUUAUUUGGGAUCUUUAGAAGAGCCAGCUAAAAAGCCAGUCCUUCCAAACUCUCCGCUUCUCAGGCCAUACAUUAACAGGUUGCAUUUAAUGCGUGUUCAAGAUGUGACAUUUAUUGACCUUACAGGAGAAGAUGCUGAGCCUCCACGAGAUCAUGUGUUUCAUGUUACAUUCCCAAAAGAAUGGAAGACAUAUGAUUUGACUCAAUUGUUUAGCCCAUUUGGUUCAGUUUAUGUGUCCUGGUUGACUGAGGCAUCAGCUUAUGUGGGCUUGCAUCGACGUGAUCAAGCACAGCUUGUGUUGAAUACUUUGACACAAAGUGAUACUUAUUCUGUGGAACGAUACACAGAACAUGUCAAGAGGAUAAAACAAACACAACGCCAGUGUCGCUGCCAUCGAUCUUCACAUUCUUCCCAAAUAUACUCCCCUAGAGCAACAUCUCAGCAGCGCAAAAAACGAUCCCUUGAAGUACAACUUACAUCUACUGUGCAGCCUCUGUCCUCAUCUUAUAAUUCUGCACGCAAACGUAGUCGGAGUUUUGGAGAUUAUUCCAUCCACAGCAUAGAACCUAUCCCUGAGGAAGAAACAGAGGCAGAAGAUUCUAAAAGUGGAAAGGGGACAGUGGCUGCAGUUGCAGGAGGUCUAGCUAAAGUGAAAAGGAAGAAGGGCAAGCAGGGAGCAACUGCUAUGUUUCUGGCUGCUGCCAACAUCUCCACUGGGAAAAGGAAGCAGGAAUUUGAAGAGUGUGAUUCUUGGGAGUAGGAAGGUGCUGGGUUCAAUGAAGGUAAAGCGUUAGGUUUUCUGUUUUCCAAGGGCUUCUUUGGGAAACAAAUAUGAGGGGUUGGUUAUUCUGAGUGAUGUAGAAUGGUAGAUUUUGAGAAUAAAUCUUUUUUUUUAACAAAGUUAGGUGCAGCAACCAAUAUUUUUUCUAUUUUAGUAAAGUUGACUUUUGGCAUUUGCACCAAUUGAUAUUGUGUUAUUUAUUUCAUUAGUCAUCUCUCUGUCAUUUUAUUUGCCUUUCUGAAUUUUAUAUUUGGAAUAAGGGGAAAAAAAAGAAAAUGACAAUUGUAGAAUUGAGCCCUAAGUGUUUGAAAUACUUUUGAAAAGGAACCACCAAAAUAUUUUUUAACUUGCUCAAGGAUUUGAAAUUCUUUAUAGUGGUGUGGUCAUUGUAUCAAAUUAUGUUUGCAAAUAAGGAAAUUGUAAAAUAGAAAGGUAUGUGAUUAUUAUCUCUCUUUUAAUGUUCAAAAGGCAGAAUAUUACAUAAAAAUUAUUUCAUCUUUUUUUUUUUUUUUGUAAUUGAGGAGUAGACAAUACUUCAAUGUUAAAUUUUAUUUUCCUUAAAGAAAAAAAUUAAAAAUGUAAUAUUAAUAUUACAUUAUUAAGUCUGAUAAUGGCUUAACAGGUUAAAAAUUAAAUUACAAUUUUUUCAUGUGUUAUUGUCAAAAAGUUCUUUGAAAAUUAUUUGGUAAUGGAUCCAGUUAGAUGUUAACUAAUAAUAGUGGCCCAAGCAAUACUUCUGAAAUGAAUAGUAGAAAUGUACAAUUUACAUAAUUUUUGUAGUGGUUAUCUAUCCUAGUGAUGCAAGUUACCUUAUGUUGUUUUUGCUAAUUAAUAUUUCUUGUUGGUUGGUCUCAUUUGUAAUUAUUAUUUCUUGUAUUCCUGCAAAAUUCUCUGAAGUUUUAUAACAAACUGUUUUGCAAAAAAAUACAUGUGAGUAGAGGUAUAACUAGUUUUUGGUUUUGUCUUAGGUUAUCUGACAGUUGGCUGAUUAAGUUCUAUUGUGUUCAUUAUUUAUUUUGCAUUUAAUGCAUGUUAAUGGUUCAGAAUUUUGCCCAGACAAGGAGCUGUAAAGUAUUCAUAUCAAUGGUUCAAACUGAGCAAUGUGUAUUUAUUGUUAACUGACUUGAAAUCAAGUUAUCAAAGAUAUGCGAAAAUUAAUUUUUUGAAGAACAUUUUAAAAUAAUUACAUUUUGCAAAUUGUUCUGACAUGACUUAAGGUUUUGGUUGUUUGACAUUUUGUGUACUCUUUUGAUAAAAUGUUUGUAUCAGCACAAAGCUCUGAAAAGUUUUAUUUUAGAACUAAGAAAAAUGUAAUUUUUUUUUGUUGCUCUAAUUGCAGAAUGUAUUUACUAAGUGUGAUUAAAUAAUUUCAGAGAUGGCUAAAUUGAACACAUUAGGAAUGUUGCAGUAAUUGUUAGUUCAUGAUUAAUUUAUGAAAGUGUUUGGUUUUCAUCUGUUUGUUAUUGUAGAAUAUUAUAGAUUAAGGAAAAAAAAAAAAAAGCUUUUGGGGAUAUUAAAUUAAUGUAACUGUAGGUAACAUUAAUAUGUAUUUUUGCAAAGUACAAGAGAGUAAUUUUAGAUUUUAUUCCCAUGUGAAAGAGUUAAGCAUGUUUUGAGUUAUGGGUGCAGAUUUUCAAGGGUGAAUUAAAGCUGUUUACUUUCAAGUGUUGUACAUGAUUUUAUUCACUACCUCUAUAAGUUAAAUUAAAUAUAGUUAUUAUGAGUUAAUGCUCAGUUUAACACAUUUUUGUGUGGAAUGAGUAUAUUAUCAAGGAAACAGAAGCAAAUAAACUAGCCAGCUAACAAUGUUGUGAGUUGUGUAAAUUGUAUUAAAUUAUGAAAUAAAAUUUGCUGCAAUGAAUUGGAACACCACUAAAAAAUAUAAACAUUUGUGUUAUCAAGAGCAACAAAAUAAAAAUUUAGUUUACACGGUGGUACUAGAUACUGAUAGUUUAAACGCUGCACAUGAAACUUAAACAUGCUCCCUUUUAUUUAAUUGAGAAAUAUCUGCCUACACCCAUUACAUUUUGUAAUUGUUGAUUCUUAAGUACAUUGAUUGAAAUAGACAAAUAUUUUAAGACAGAGGGAUGACUGUAUUUAUGUGUUAAAUGUAAAUGCAAUUUACGUUAUGAUUUCAAUAUUUGCAUUACAGGAAGGUGAUGUGAGAAUCUCCGGGGAAAAAAAUCAGUGUUCCGGUAAG